AUGGCUGAAAAAGUUGAACAAUCACAGCAAAUGAAUAGUGCUCACAAUGAGGGACGGAAAAUUCGCAAAUCUCCCGAAUUCCAACCUCAACAACAGGUCAUUGUACCGGCCAGCAUAACCCGAGAAAGAAGUUUCGUUCGAACAUCCAGCCAGCAAAAUGCAAACAAAAGGCGUAGCCUGGCAUUUAAUAUUCAGAGUGGAAGUACCACUCAGGGUGGACAAUUGAGAGGCAAACCAACAAUGGACAUUUACAGGCCACCAAAACUCAAUUAUAAUCUGCAACAUUCUUCCAGUUCAUCAAUGGUCUUUCCGAAUUCCCCGACCGGUUUGCAACAACAAAUGCAAUACGUGGCAGCCAAUAAUGUCAUGGUCAAUAGGCGUCAAGCUGGUCUAUCUGUGGGAAGUAUGCCGCUAGGCACAAUGAAUCCCAAAGGACAUCCAAUGGCCACAGCAGGUCAUCGUCCAAUUCUGGUGACUCACUCUCACCCCAUGCAAAUGAGUCACAUGCCACAACAGGUGCCACUGAUCAAUUCCCCAUCCAGUGGUAAUAUACUACAUCAAGCAACGGCGAAUCGAGUAAAAUUUGCACCUGAACCCCAGAAAAUGCACCAUAGCAAGGGACAAAUGAAUAUGGUUCAGAUGAACAACAAUAUCAACCAAGGUUACAAGCAACAAGUGAAUCCCAUGACACCCUACAUUAUGGGUAACAAUCAAAUGUCGAACGGAUCCAUGGAUCCCUAUGUUACUAUGAACAUUUCACCAUUACAACGCUCGAAAUCAUUAUCAUCGGCUGAUGCUUUGACACGCGGCAUUGCUGGUCUCGGUUUGGGCUUGGGCAAUGAGGUUACCGAUAUUGGUCCAUUCCCACCAGAAAUUCAAGCACUCAUCGAUACAGCUCUGGAGGAUCCAAACAAGUUGAAUUCACGUAGCCUGAUGGAGUUGACAUCACACUUCAUUAAGAGGGCUGUGGAGGGUCGUCGCUUUGCAUUGCCCAUUGCUCGACUUUGCCUUAACAUUAUCGCUAAAGAACAGAAGGAGACAUUCUUGGAAGCAUUGCUCAACACUUGUCGUCAAUGGUAUCAGGAGAGGGAGAAGCUUCUAUUCACUAUCCAAGGAAUGAAGUCGCCAUCACGAGCUCGCUUCACUGCUUUCAUGGCAUUUCUAACGGAAAUGUUUUGCCAAUUAAAGCGCCGCCAACUACAGCUGAGCACACAAUGUGAAGGAGCACCACCACCAUUGGUGCUGCUGACUCUCUUGUCGAAAUGUUGUGAAGAUUGCGUUAAGCCACCUGUUAGAUCUUUAUCGGAGAUUGAAUGCCUGUUCUAUGUUUUGACUUGCAUUGGUCAAGAUUUGGAAAUGCAAUUGCCACAACAACUGGAAUUAUUGCUAUCGAUGAUACGGGAUGCGUUCUUGAAUGCUAGUGAUUCUGCUCCAGCUAUUCGACGAACCCUGUUGCAAUUGAUUGAGCUGCAGGCAUCACAUUGGCAAUUGCCCGGUAAUACGGUGCUUUAUUAUUACCCAUCGACAAAAUAG